UGGUUAAACCAGCAGUAUUUUAAUAAAUACUUUUAACCCAACCCUAUUUUCGUAAUUAAUUAAUUAAUUAACAUUAAUUCGAAAAAUAUAGCAUUUAAAAGAAAUAUAGAAGAAGAGAGGUUUAGGUAACAGAAAUAUAACAUAUCUUUUAAAUACGAUUGGAUUUCUAUUGAUUUCAAAAUUAAAAGGGCCAGUUUAUUGGUCAAAGUAUAUGUGUGUUGUAUAUAUAUUUGUAUAUGUAAUGCCUAUUUUUGUUGAAUGUAAAUUUAGUUACUUCAUUCUACGGAGUAUUAUCUAAUGGCCCUACAUACCAAAUUCUAUACCCUAUAAACCAACAAUUUGAAGUAAAGAAUGUUAAUGAUUUGAUCUGGAUGGUUUAGCAAGACAUCUUUAAUUUGUUCAUUUUUAUUCUUCUGGAUGAUUUCCUAAAUAGGUCAACUGUUUAUUGAAAAUUGUAAAAAGCUGCAGUGUCCAAGUCCUGGAGGAGCAUGUAUAAAACAAUACAUAUUGUUGGAAAAAUGAUGAUAUAAAUGUUAUUGUUUUUAGUUCUCUUAGAGUUCUAAAAUAAUAUGUAUAAAAUAUGAAUUGAGUGUGGCUUAUUAUACAUCAAAGAACAAUUUUUUACGUUUGGAUUUAUAUCAUUUAAUGAUUAAAAUCCAUAGUUGUAAAGAUUGUAAAAGUGAUGUAUUGAGAAUUUUUGUUCUAUUUAUAAAAUGAUUGGUCUUCUUUAGAUGUUAUAUGAUAAAGGAACGUUAUUCAAGUAUCAUAUAAAGUGGCUUAGAAAUUAUCCUAUGAGAAUCACUUAUUCGUACAGAUAAAAUUAAAUGAGUACGGAAUAAGAAUGUCUGGGAUGUAAUUUCAAGCUAGUGGCCUAUCUAAUUUUAGAACAAAUGUUCAAAUUAUGUUUUAUUUAUCAUUUUAUAAUGAUAAAUACGCAUGUGGCUAUUAAACAUAUUUCGGAAGUUUCAAAAUUGAAAUUUUGAAGUGAGUGUCCGAUGUAUGAGGUGUGAGCUUGGUCAAUAUUGUUUGUGAUCCUAAUUUCUUGGAUGGUGGAUGCAAAUUGAUAGGACCGCACUCAAAUUGAUAUAUUUUAUUUUGAUUUCCAAAUUUAAAAAUCUAUCCACAUGCAUGCUCUCGGUUAAUACACAUACGUAUGAAUAAAAGCCAGUCUACACUCCGAUUCAUUUUGCUUACUUACGCAAUACAGAGCACUGAGAAGAAUAGAAAAGGCUUCAUUUUUUUUCUUUCACUGAUUUUACCCUUGUACCGAGAGCAUAUUAAAUCCAUAGCAUCCUCAUAAAGUUUUUAUCUACUUAACGAGUCUACGGCAUAUUGGGCAACGGUCGAAGGUUUCAGUCAAGGUAGCUACAAGUCUGAAACGGUGUAGGAUUAUCCUGGGAGCGAGUUGGCCAGUCCCGUUCGAGUAGCUAUCGAGAUACGGGGGCUAUCUUUCUUCAAGGCCAGUCCGGUUAACGGACGAUCUUACGCUAAGUCUUUCUUUCUUUACUUUUUACAUUAAUAUUUUAUAUCUAAUUGUUGUUAUUAUUUUAUUUGUUCUUGCAUUUGGUGGUUUGUCUGGUGAUUUGUGAUUAAACUCGGGAUUUUAUCUGACUGAACUCGCAUUAUUUAUACUAUCUUUCUAACAAUCUUGAAGAAAGAUAUUAUUUCUCGAGUUUUGAAAAUCCAAUAUGACGAACUUGGAAAAUGCUGCUACUUCUGAAAACGUUGUUGUUGAGAAUAAUGUGAAUGAAACCCCUGAAAAUAAUGUUAAUUCUGUGUUUGUGACUAAUUCUGGUGACACACCUGAAUUUGUUGCUACGGGCUCUCACAGGGUUGAUUUGACGGGAAUGCCUGAAAAAUUUUCCGGGCAUUUUUUCAAGCGUUGGCAACAACGCAUGAAAAUUUGGUUAAUCACCAAGGGAUUGCUCUCGGUAAUUAUGACGGUGUGUCCCCCCAUUGUCGAGUCUGAUCCCAAAAGUCUUGAACGCCAAACUUUAUGGCGUGAGAGGAAUGAAAUAGCCAAAGGAAUGAUAUUGUUGGGACUCUCCGACAUGUUAUUUGAUGUCUAUUGCACCCUCCACGGCACGGCUAAAGACCUUUGGGAUGAGUUGGAUAGGAAAUAUAAUACUGAUGACCACGGUCUAGAAAAGUAUAUUGUUUCCAAAUUCUUGAGAUUCGACAUGAAAGAGGGAAAAUCUGUUUUAGAACAAACACAAGAAUUUGAGCUUAUCUUACAUUCUCUCCGUGAAGCAGAUAUGGAAUUGCCUGAAAAAUUUAAAGUCAUGGCUGUAAUUGAAAAAUUCCCCAAAUCGUGGGAAGAUUUUGGUUUGACUUUAAAACACAAAAUGAAAAAGAUAACUUGGAAAAGUUUGAUGCAUUCCAUUACUGUUGAGGAAGAACAUAAGAAAGCGGGUUAUAUUGUGCCUGUUGAAUUUCAGCCAAAGGCUCAUGUUGUAACCGGGGGAAAGCAGUCACAAAAUUCUAAAAAUAAACAACCAUCAUCUUUUAAACCAAUAAAGGCCAAAUUAAAAAUUGCAAAGAAACCAAAGGCAAACCGGCCAUGCUGGAACUGUGGACAGAUGGGGCAUUGGGCCAAAUUAUGCCCAAAUAAAAAGGCUAAGGCUCAAUCUGGUGGACCUCAAGUCAACGUGGUGACUGGAGGAACUAGUUCCGAUGGGUAUGUUUCCAUUAACCCUCAAGUUUUCACUAUAUAUAAUUCCAAUGAGUGGCUAAUAGAUACAGGAGCGAAUGUGCAUGUAUGUGCUGAUAAAUCGCUCUUUGUUUCUUAUCAGCCUGCGGUUGGAAGAACAGUGAUGAUGGGAAACACAAGUGCUGCUAGUGUGCAUGGAGUUGGAAAAGUAGAAAUAAAAUUUCCUUCGGGAAAAAUACUUACUUUGCAUGGAGUGCAUCACGUUCCCGAAAUUAGAAGGAACAUUGUUAGUGGUUCCAUUCUAGUUAGGGAGGGUUAUGAGUUAUCUUUUAAAUUUAAUAAAGUUGUAAUUUUAUUUGGUGGAAUUUUUAUUGGCAAGGGUUACUUGUCGGAU